CACAGUCAUUCGCUCUUUCGCUUCUUAGCACAUCUUGCCUGCCCUAUCUUCUCAUAAUCCUAUCAGUCCUCCAUUCGAUAGGUUUACUAUCUUCUCUUCACAUACAUAAUGUAUAUUCGUAACGUUCUCAUCUCUGGUCUUGCGGCUGCCAGCACAGUCCAGGCCUACUCCAAUUACACCAUCCGAGAAGAGGAGUGGAUCGUAGCACCGCCAGCACCGGUACAGGAGAAGCGCACCAUAGGAAGGAUCCUUGGUCUGUUUGGCGGCCUCUUCGGUGGUAACAAGGAGCCUGCGCAGGAAUGUCCUGCCAUCUGGACUCAAAUCUCUUCCACCCUCACUCAGCAAUUCCUCGGAGACGGGCAGUGCACAGAUGCUGCCCGUGCUGCUAUCCGAUCUUCUUUCCACGACUGCUUUAACGGAGCUUGUGAUGGGUCUCUCAUCCUCGCACAAGAGUGCUCGAACACUGAGAACCGUGGCCUAGAACGCCUUUGCGGCAACCUCGCCAAUGUUGCCUCCCAAACUAAAGUCGGUGUUGCCGAUCUCAUCCAGUUUGCUGCCGCACACGCAGUCAAAACAUGCCCUGGUGGACCUACCAUUCCCGUCAAAGUUGGUCGCAAGGACUCCAGCGAGGCAAACGCGCUCGGCGUUCUACCCAGCGGCUUCGCUAAAGGAGGAGACUUAGUCAAGCUCUUCGCAUCAAAAGGCUUCUCCCCUUAUGACCUUGCUGCCCUCAUCGGUGCUCACACUGCUGCCAAACAACGUGUCACAGACCCUUCCAAAGCCGGUGCCGCGCUCGACUCUACUGUCGGUACCUGGGAUAACAAAUACUACUCCGAGACCAAACGUGGCUCGGCUCCCUUCACGCUCGAGUCUGACAAGAACAUUGCACAGAACCCUCUCACCGCCAUCCCCUUCUCCACCUUUGCCGCCAGCAAGGGCAUGUGGGAUUCGGCCUUCGUAGGUGCAAUGGUCAAGAUGAGCAUGCUCGGUGUUGAGGACACGAACUUGAUCGACUGCACCAGUGCACUACCUGGUGGCAGCAAGAAGAGGGAUGUGAAGAGCAGCAACCUCUUCGACCGCCUCAAAUGGUAGAGUGGGCGUCAUGCAUGGUCUGGGCAUUUUCGGGCGUUACGAUAUCUCUUUAUCCAUCAUCUCCUGCUGGAACUUCACGACUCUCAUUGAUGGCACAUGCUAGUCAUGUUUUCUUGUUUAUGUCAUAUCUUAUCUUAAGCGAAGGGAAAGGUGUCUGGUAGUACGCUCCAUGAC